CUGCUCCGCCCCUGCACUACUCUUCUGCUCAGCAGGCCUUCUUGUAGGUAUAUAUUUUGUAGCCUCAUGCUUAUGCUUUUUUCACGAGCAAGACUAGGAGAAUUAAACUGAUACAUUAUCCAUGGAAUCGCUACGAGCUUCUGUUUACUUGACUGAUCAGAAAAGUUCUUCCUACAAGGACUUUAAGACGGGAGAAAUUCAGGAACUUUCGAUGAUGUUGGAUAAGACUGAGUUUGAGAGAGAUAUUUAUUCGAAUGAAUGUAGGGAAACUAAAGCAAAAAUAGAUGAACUCGAAUCCAGGAUAAAGGAAAUGGAUGAACAAUUGUCAGAAACUCUGAAGUUCCGUGAGGAAUAUUACAGUGUUACAAGACAGUUGAAAUCGGCACAAGAGGAGUUACAUAAAGGCGAGGCAAAAGUUAUAGAAGCCAAAGAUGAAGGCCUUGAGGCACUGAAACAAGUGGAAUUGAUGGAAACCGCUUUAAACAUAGAGAAGCAGAUGACAGAAGAGCUCCGGGGGCAUGUGUCAGUGAUCAAUGAGACUAUUCUUUGUAUGCAGCAAGCGGCUAUGGAGGCGGAAAAAGAACAUACUGCAGUUCUAGCUGAGAAGCAAGCUGAAAUACUGUCAUACGCGAAGUUAGGGAAAGAAGCAAACGGAGAAAGGGCAGGACCAAGGCAAGCUCUGGAGAAAGAGCUCGUGAAAAAGACUUUACUAAUAGAUUCACUCAAGAUGGAACUUCAGAAGGCUAAUGACCUAUACAAGUCAGCUCAGAAAGCUACUUCUGAGGCUGUUAACGACAUUAACCAACUCAUAGCUGAUAUGGAGCUGCUGGUAACAGAAAAUUCAGAUAAAGGCGUUCAUAUUAAAUUUCUGGAACCGGAGCUGACUCAGAUAAGGCUCGACUAUGAAAGUGCAAAGAAAGAUGUUGAAAUUGCAAACGAAGACAGAGAACGCCUUAAAAGAGAGGUUGAAAAUGCAAACAAAGGCACAGAACUCCUCAUCAGAGACGUUGAAACUGCAAACAGAGAAAGAAAACGACUUAUCACAGAUGUUGAAAUUGCAAAUGAGGACAGGGAACGUCUCAAAAAGGUUGUUGAAAUUGCAAAGAAAGACGCGGAACACCUCCACAGAGAUGUUGAAAUUGCAAACGAAGACAGAGAACGCCUUAAAAGAGAGGUUGAAAAUGCAAACAAAGGCACAGAACACCUCAUCAGAGACGUUGAAACUGCAAACAGAGAAAGAGAACGACUUAUCAAAGAUGUUGAAAUUGCAAACAAAGAAAGAGAACAACUUAACAAAGUUGUUGAGAAUGCAAAGAAAGAUGUGGAACGCCUGCACAAAGAGGUUGAAAUAGCAAACGACGACAGAGAACGUCUCAACAAAGAUGCUGAAAACGCAAACAAAGACAUAGAACGCCUCAACAAAGAUGUUGAAAUUGCAAACAAAGAGAUGGAACGCCUCAAUAAAGAUGUUGAAAUUGCAAACAAAGAGAUGGAACGCCUCUACAAAAUUGUUGAAACUGCAAAUAAUAAUAGAGAACGACCCGACCAAGAUGCUGAAACUGUAAACAAAUACACAGAACACGUCUACAAAGACGUGGAAAUUGCAGACAAGGAUGAUGAAAUUGCAAAUGAAGAUGUAGAGCGCCUCACCAAAGACGUUGAGACGUUAACUUGCAAGCUUAAAAGUACUAAAAAUGAGUUGGAUGUAAUAAGUGGCAAAGAAACUGAAGCACAGGUGGAGAUUGCAUUACUAAAGUCUGAGCUAGAUAAAGGAAUAUCAAAGUCAGCAGCUUCUGAGGCCGCUGAAGAAAAAGCCAAGCUUGAGAACCUAACAAUCCGGCUCAACAUUCAACGGCUAGAAUCAGAAGCGGAAGAAGCAUAUGAAGAAAUCAAAAGAUUAAGAGAAGAAGCAGAUAAAAGGGCUGACACAGGCGUGACUGAUAAUAAUAUUAUAAUUCCAGUUGAAGAAUACAAGGCUUUGGUUGAAAACGCUAGCAAGGAGGAUAAAGCCCGAGAGACAAUGACUGAUAAUAGGUAUGAGUUGGAGUCAUUAAAGAAAGAGCUGGAGAUCACAACAGCAAGAAUCUCAGAGUUCAGGACACGAGCAGAACAGGCUGCAUUUAGAGCUGAGGCUGCUGAGAAAGGUAAAGCAGCACUUGAGGAAAGUGUUAGAAGGUUGAGGGAGCAGAAGGAAAGGAGAAAGAUUGCUCACCAAGCAUUUAAGGAGGCGUCGAUCACCCCAACAUACAAUUACAAACAAGAUCUUGGUAGGCCUCCUAAAACACAUCCGGCACUAGGUAAGAUUCUUAAUAUGAAAUUCUAGACCAGAAAGGGGUUUAGAUAAUGUACUUGUACUGAGAAUGAAAAACAGGGAAACCUUAAUCAAGUAGUAUUUGAUAAGCUUGUAGUUUUAAGGGUCUUAGAAUUUACCAUCGUUUCUAUGUUCCUCAAAAUCAUAAAAGAAGUGUCAAUGGUAGCAAGAACUUUAAUUGUUUUCAUAGUUAACAUCGACAAUUGUUGUUCUAGUCUCAGCCUGCCUGCAUGUGUCCCCAGCAUAUCCUCAGUGUGGCUACUACGAAAUAUUUCAGUAACUGUAGGUUUCCAACACUCGAGCCAGAAAGACCACCAAAUCAUAGGUUGGUCUUUCAUAUGAAAGAAUUUAACACAAUGAAGGAAGACAUAGGUUGGUCUUUCAUAUGCAAAUGUAUUUUAUUUCUGUAUUUUACGCGAUUAUAAAUUGUUUGCUUAAACCACACUGCGCAAAUCAGCAGUGUUCUUUCUCAUCUUUUCUCUUAUAAUGUUUCUGGUGCUUCAUAAACCGUCUGCUGCAAAAUCAUGUGUGACUUUUAACUAAGCCAAGCCAUGUUGAAGGGAAAUGUAUGCAUAUCUAAUUGCUGCAUGUUGUAUUGAGAGAUAAGCAUCU